GAAGUACGAAGAUCGAACUCUAAACAAUGAUGCCGUCGUUCCAUGUUUUUCCUCUGCACGAAUUGCAGCGGUCUCGAACAAAGAACUGAAGAAGAAGCGAGCGAAGCUGUGCUUAGGGUUUUGAGAUGUCCCCGGUCAUGGCGGUCACGGAAAAUACGAAAUGGUUAAGAGUUGCAUUCGCCAUUGUAGCUACAGCGUUUUCGGCUUCCGCAACUAUUUCUGUCUUGCUUUUCAGGAGGAAAUCGAGAGAUUUGAAUCGCAGAAUUAGAGAGCUUGAGGCUUCUCUGAAGGCUUCAUUGGAGAAAUGUGCCGCCGAGAGGCAGGGCAGAACUAGGGCUCAACAGGCUUUGAGGAAAGCAUUGACAGAAAAUAACUCUGAUAAGUUUGAGAGAACCUUUUAUCCCAUGACACCCAUUGCGGUUGUGCAAUCAUGCUUCUCUACCAGAAAUGGGACACCAAGGCAACCUUUGCUUGUACCUCUUGCUAGAGCAUGCUUGGCAUUUGAUUCAGGUCAGUUUCCUCCAGCAGCACUUGAAGGCCUAGGAGAAUACUCUCAUUGCUGGAUUCUUUAUGUUUUCCAUUUAAAUACGGAUUUGGAAAAGCUGUGGAACGAACCAGCUAAGUCAAAGUUCAAAGCAAAAGUGAGAGUGCCAAGACUGAAAGGUGGCAGGAUGGGGGUCUUCGCAACAAGAUCUCCACAUCGACCAUGCCCAAUUGGGCUUACAGUUGCAAAGGUGGAAGCAGUGCAAGGACAUAUGGUUCUACUUUCUGGUGUAGAUCUGGUAGAUGGAACGCCUGUGCUUGAUAUCAAACCUUAUCUACCAUACUGUGACAGUGUGCAAGAAGCAACAGUACCGAAGUGGGUAACGGUGGACAAUAUGUUAGCUGUAGCGUCUGUUAGCUUCUCUCAGGAGUUCUCAUCCACUCUUGCAAAUUGCUGGGUGAAAACUGAGAAGAGAUCACUCUAUGAAUCACCUGGUGAGUUCCAAAGCCUGAUCAAGGAGGUACUCUCAUGGGAUAUAAGGUCUCUGUCUCAACGAAAGCGACCUCACGGUUGUCUCUUGAAGAUGGAAAAUCAUGCAGUGAGCAAUAUGAACCCAGAGUUCGAGAAAGACCAGGAUGAAGAUCUUGGUUAUGAGAAUGAACAAGGUUCAAUUUCUUCGAGCAAUGUGAUUUAUCACCUGAUAUUGGAAGGAUUGGAUAUUUCCUACAUAAUCGAUUGUGGUGGUAAUGCUGUAGUAGAGAAAGUUACACCUUCAACCAACACCCAAGACAAUAGUCGAAGAUGUUGCAAUUACAUGAUAUGGAGGGACAAACUUGGACCCAAGACAAUAGUUGAAACUGCUACAAAUACAUGAUGUGGGGAGACAAACUUUGUUUGGUUUUGGGACUUUUACCAUGUUAAUUAUGACUAUGCUAUUCAUAUCAAUUCAUCACUGAAUGACCAAUAUGAAUAGUACUGUAUGAUUCUUCAGGGAAUUAGCAUGCCUGCUCAAGGGUCAUCUCUAGAUUGACAUGGCAAGCCAACCAGUUUUGUAAAAA